AUGGAUCAGAUGGAUGAUAAUUUGGAAGUACCCAACAUUGGCAAAAGUUGUACUAUUGCCAAUAAGGAUUUUCAAAACAGUCAUCUUGAAUUGGAUUCAACUGCUCAAUUGCAGGUCGAACCACCUAAAAUUGAUACAAGGACAACUGGAAAUCUUGUUGCAGAAGGGACUGAGAGAAAAAAGAAGACUAAAAAUAAAGAUGAACUUCAGUGCUUGGAACAAUCAGAUAUUAUGUCAAGUAAGAACUUGUCGAAUGUAAAUAAUGGACUAGAGAAUGAAGGUAUGCUAAACAAAAACGAGAGCACUGCUCAAGAAUCUGAUGUUGAGGUGACCGAGCAUCUCUCAUCAUCUAUUGUGAAGAAAGAUCACUUCUCAAAUGAUUCAUGUCUAUAUCUGGAAAUAGCAUCAGUUGCAUGUGUUAGGAGAAAACUUCUUGUCCUUGAUGUCAAUGGUCUACUUGCAGACAUUGUAAUGCCAGCACCAAAAGACUGUAUUGCGGAUGCAUAUAUCUGGGGACGGGCAGUAUUCAAGAGACCCUCCUGUGAUGAUUUUCUGAAGUUUUGCUUCGAGAAGUUUGAUGUGGGCAUAUGGUCAUCAAGAUCCAAGAAAAUUAUUGAGAACUUUGCCAAUUAUUUAUUGGGAGAUCUACAACACAAACUGCUGUUUUGUUGGGAUAUGUCGCAUACUGAUCCUAAUCUUCCUUGGGAGAAGGGAUAUUAUAAUGAAUCGAACACAUUAUUGUUGGAUGAUUCUCCUUACAAGGCCUUGCUCAAUCCUCUACACACUGCAAUUUUUCCACAUUCCUUCCAUUACCAGGAUAAAAGUGACAAUUCACUAGGUCCCGGAGGUGAUCUUCUAGUUUAUUUGGAAGAUAUGUUGAUGUGUGACGAUGUAAGGAAAUAUGUUGAGCAUCAUCCAUUCGGUCAAAGUGCUAUAGAUGCAACAAAUGUGUUUUGGAGAUUCUACUCUCGGGGAAUAUGGAAAAGGUGGAAGCAUUUAGACAUCGCUGAUUCAAGUAUAAAGAAUGACACGGUUGGACAUUACUUCGACAUAUUGCUGUUGAUGAUACUUGCAAACAUUGUCCGCCAUGAUCACUGGAACCCAAAAAAGCUAUUCUUUAAUACCAGGCACACAAGUCAUCACCCAAAUGAUUUGCACUGCUGUAACUAUCUUCCUGUAAAUGAAACUCCAGUAGAGUUUUAG